AUGACCGAGCUUGGCGAGGCACUGGAUUCCGGCCCAGAAGCCCUCGAGCAAAAGCAUGAUCACGAGGAGACGUCGCUUCCAGGGGUUCCACCGCAAGACCGGGAGCGCCUGCGAAGUGAGCAAGCCUGGGCAAGCUACCAGGCCUUCUUGACGAUGCCCGGGGACAAGUGCACGCAGUGUUGGCUGAUGAGGAAGCACUGCUGUUGCAAAGGGCUGCCACGGAUAGAAACCCGCCUUCGAGUUUACGUCCUGAUGCACCGAUUGGAGAUCGGCCAAAGAAAGGCCUCGAACACUGCCAAGCUUCUCAAGCACUUUGGCGCGGAGCUCUUGUGCUGGGGCGUCGAGGAGCACGACGCGAGGCUGCAGCAGCUGCUCGCGGACGAUGAGGAAGGCACCGUGGUGCUCUUCCCAAGUCCCGAUGCUGUGGAGGCAAGCAGUUUGGCCGCGGCACCGCGGCAAGUGAUUGUGCUGGACGGCGGAUGGCGCGAGUGUGUUCGGAUGAACAGCUGGAUCAGUCCAAGAGUUCGUCGCUGCAUUGUGACCACAGCAUCCCGCAGCGAGCUUGGUGGAACGAGGAAAUACAGUGGCGGCACUGACGAUCGUGUGCAAACUGCAGCCGCUUUCGUCACUUUGUUGCGUGAGCUUGGAGAGGACCAGCAGGAAGUGGCAUCGGUGCGGGAUGGCCUGGCGCACUACAUGGAGUGCUUUGAGGCUCAGAUAAACCGCUCCAAGACGUGA